AUGUACUUCUCCAUAGCCGUUCUUGUUACAGCCCUGCUGUCACCGACUGUGUCAGCGCUGGCAUUUGACGGCGCUGUGGGAUUUGGCUCUAUAGCAACGGGCGGUACUGGCGGAACCACCGUCACGGUCACGACCUUGGCAGACUCAGGAACAGGUUCUCUACGAGACGCUGUAAGCCAAUCGAAUCGAAUCAUCGAGUUCUCCGUCAGCGGCUACAUCGUGCUUGACUCAGCCCUAUCACUAUCAAGCCACUUGACCAUCAACGGGCAGACAGCUCCAGGCAAUGGAAUCGGGAUCAUGGGAGCCGAAGUAUCAGCCAGCGGCAAAACGAAUAUCAUCAUCCGCAACUUGCGCAUGCGACAAGGCACACUCGAUUCCGACACGGGUCACAGUGCAUUCAACAUGGGAAAAGCAUCCAACGUCAUCCUGGACCAUUGCUCGAUUGAGUACGGCCAGUGGGAUUCUAUCGAUGCGGUCGGAACAGUCAACAUCACCGUCUCCAACUCGAUUAUCGCCUUGCCCAUUGGACAGCAAUUCGGCGCUCAUGUCGAGACAGGCCCUUCAACAUUCUAUCGUAACCUCUGGGUUAGCGCGCAUAACCGCCAGCCUCUAUCCAAAGACGAUACCCAAUACAUCAACAACGUGGUAUACAAUUACCAGGCAGCGUAUACGUCGGGUAAUACAGCUGGCUACUUCUCGCACGAUAUCAUCGGCAAUUAUUUCAUUACGGGGCCGAGUACUUCGACUGCGAAGGAUGCUUUCUACCAGAUGGACGCGCAACAAAGCGUAUACGCUUCGGGCAAUUAUCUUGAUGAUAAUGAAGACGGGGAGCUGAAUGGAAGCAGCUACAAUUCCGUUGGCUCUGCGACUGUGCUUUCUGAGCCCUGGUCAUCGGACUCAUCGAGUCUCGCGACCCUUUCGGCUGUGGAGGCUGUCGCAUAUGUCCUGGCAAAUUCGGGCGCUUUGCCCCGGGAUGAAUUAGAUACCUUCGUCGUCAGUCAGGUGAAGUCGUAUGGAACGAAUGGGACAUUGUAUAAGAGCCAGACAUCUACUGGGGUCUCUAAUGGAGGCUAUGGGACUCUUUGA